AUUGAGAAGCCUAACACUCAGACUCACUGACAUUUUUUUACGUUUUUCAGUUUCAUUAACAUUAGAGAUUUCAAACAUUAGAUUAGCAAUGUGUCUUCAAGCCCCCUAUUGCAGCUCUGGUGCUACGGUAUUUAAGCUUCAGCCUACAUUUUGGUAUACAAAAACUCAAUUAUCUUUUCAUAAUAACCAUAAACAGAUUGAUGAAUAA